AAAAAGUUGAAACAAGUUUAAAGAAAGACGCGAAGUCAGCGUUUAGUGCUUUAGUGUCGCGAGCGCGAUAAAACCGUGGUCGCGACUCGAGAGUGACUUAUACGUGAGUAUAGCCGUUAUGGCGUAGUACACCAAUAGCUCUUUGACCAAUAAUUUGUACACUCUUGGGUGUUAAAUUGGCGUCAGUAUCAUAUUGUGCGCUUGUGUUACGCCGUUUACGACUGAUCGAUUGCACAACAUCUGUAAUAAUAAAUUUUAUUAAAAAGAGAAAGACUAUAAAAAAUAUAUAGAAUCAAGGUGCCAGAACAUACAAGUUUCAGCAUCGCAAACAACGCUCGGUUCACGAGAUAAGUCUCGAUAUAUCGGUCUUUUGGUUCGUGCUCGACCUGCAAGGCCCACGGACAACAGGGGCCGUUGCUACUUGCACCAACAACUUCAUCGUUUCUUUGAACGCACGCGUCCAAUGUCUAUCACUGGAGUGCGCUGCAAGUGAUUUGGAGAUAAUUAGACAAGCUGUGACUGGCAAUCUGCUCCAGUCGCCGCUCUCGAUCACGUCCAACCCCAAUAUCUAAUGUUCUCUAAUCCUAUUCAAAUAUACUAAGGGCUGUAAAUAUUACCCAGAGGUUGCGUCGUUCAGGUCUAUGGGUCAUGCCGACCAACGGUAGAGUGAUGUGAUGAAUAGCUGUGGUAACGCGAACGCUAGCACCAAGCUACGUGGAGCCAAAGUCACAACUGAGCUACGGGAAGAGCACGUAGGAAACUCUGACAGUAAUAACGAAGAAAAAGGGGACGGAGACGGUGACAACAAUACUCUUCCUGGUUAUAGUGCUGGUGACUCGAUUAAUCAACGCCAAGCUCUCUUCAUCUGCCAGAGAAACUCAACUUUGGGAUAUUCUUCUGAUCGAGCCAUCACCAGGUUUAAAUCAAGAACCAGCAGUGGAGCACGAAAUGAGUAUCGAAUGGCUCGUGGCGGAAGUACAGGAGAGCGAGGUAGAGGCGGAUCGAGGGGUAGAGCGUUUAAGAAAACCCCUUCCGAUCGAGAAUCAAACUCUGUGGCUGGGUACCAUCCUGUGUCUAGAUCCAAGUUUCAAGAACCGCUGAAAAACCAAGAUAACUCACCAAAUAAAUAUUACGAUGAUAAACGAGGAAAUGAUUCGAGAAUAUCUAAAUUGCUUAGGCGUUUAUGUCGUGAGGAUGACUACGACAAUUUCAUGGGACUUUGUAAGCAACUGCGAGAGGUGAUGGUGGCCCCAGAGAACCAGAGAUACGUACGCCGAAGCAUGGAUUUGAUCUGCGAAAGCCUUCUAGACACUCUACACUCCGGUCCAGGCUUAGAGGCAAAACAACAGGCAGCAAGAUGCCUGGGUCGGGUUGGAUACGUUGUUGAUCAAGACUUUAAACGAUACAUGGAAUGGGUGUUCAAUAAGUAUUCCCUAGAGAGAAAUGACGAUGUCAAGUGUCUUCUCAUCAAGUCUUUCGUUGAAACGUUCAAACUGGAUGCCCAAGCACCUAAGCUGAAGGAAUUUUCCGUACCCAUGAUGUCAGAGCUCCAGUCAACCCUGGAGAAUGUUGAUAGACCCGAUCUGUUGACUGCUACUGUGGACGCGAUCCUUCUACUCACUGAAUCCUAUCCAGAAACGUUUUCCAACCACUUUCGUGACACUGUUGACAUCCUUGUUGGUUGGCACAUUGACUCAACACAGCAAAAACAAGUAGUUGCAUACGCCAGUCGAAGCUUACAAAAACUGCGCAAUUUUUGGAUCGGUGAUCUCGAGUUCAGUUUGACACUGUUGGGUCAAUUUUUAGAAGAUAUGGAAAGCUAUGACGAAGAACUAACCUUACCAGGAUCGGGUACAAGUUCCCCUGGAGGUGAUGUAUCGCCUAGUCCUCGGGAAUGUAUUCUCAGAAUAACUUCGUUGAUAUCUGUCUUUAAUACAGUAACUAAAAGCAUAUCCGAUCACCUGAACCCGAAUUUCACGCCGAGUGUUCAGUGGUCUUUUUUAACGGAUUCUCUAUCAAAAAUGCUAAGAACUGUUGUUAAGGCUGUGGAGCUCGAUGACGGGAAUGAAGCAUGGGUUAAUAACUUGGGACUCACCCGAGAAAAUACUGAAAGUUUAACACGGUCAAUGAGAAGCAUGAACCUAUCACAAAAAAACAUUGAAAUACUUCUGAGGAACCUUGGUAGAGAUGAUAUUAAUGAAGAAAGUCUUGUUAAAAUGAUCAAGUCGCUAAAUGUUGGUAAAAGAAACGAUAGAAAAAAUUCUAAGAUAAGUUCGGAGAAGGAAAUAUUAUCAAUGGAGAAGGAACAGUCGUUGAUAAACCUUUUAAAGUCUACGGAUUUAAAGGGAAAAAAGAUCCAAGAUUUAUCAGUGGAAAAAGAGGAGUUAAUUGUUAUUGCCAACGAAUGUGCGUUUCUCCUCCUUGGAUAUCUUCAAAGUCGUGUAACAAAGAAUCACGAUCUUUUAUACAAAUUCAUAGAUUUGCAAUUGGAAAAGGUCAACACAUUCUGGGAUGACACCAUCGUCUCGACACUUAACAUAAUUGGCAAAGUGAUCAAAGAAGUUUCUGCGAACCUGCCGUUAGAAUUGGUCCACAAACUGCUUGGUCAGACCUCUGUUCUUUUACAGCUGAGGUUUAGAAACUCUAUACCAAUCCAAAAUGCAAGUCUCGGCGUUUAUCGCAGCCUUUUAAGUCUCAAAAAUAUUCCUCUGCUUCAAGAAGCAUACAGAUACAUAUUAGCUGAUCUUGAAACCGCUUACAAAUUGAUUGUGGGUAAUGCUAAUGAUUUGGUAGUGGAAAAUCCUUUAUUUGACGUAAAAUAUAAGAGAAAAGACAGUGAGCUUGUUGUUAUAUUCCUACUUCGUGCUCUGUCUGAUAUUGCAAAUGCGAGUAAUUCUAUAAUCGGUAUGUGGGCCUUGAAACCGAGCAUUUUGGAACUCUUGGCCAUCCGUCUACGGCCAUAUGAUGAUGCGUUGGCUAUGGGAAGUCCACUACUCCAAUACACAGUGCUUUAUUUACUCUACGCGCACUGCUCAAGAUACAACCACUUUGUUUCAAGUUCUGUAUUGAUAUCUGGUACGAACACAAACCGACCAAAAGACAUAUUUCCUGGAACAUUAGAUGUGCCUACUACAUCGCCAACAAGUGGCCAUCUUUCUAUUAUUCUUCAUCUAAUUGCAAAGACUUUCAAGAGCACAACUUCAAAUAAAGUGUUGCUCCUUCUGGCUAAUUGGACGCAGGAGAUUUUUAUACAGGCUGAAAAUUAUAUUGGAAUUUUAAACAAGACUGAGGAGUGUUACAAUAUUUUAACAAGCCUUAUAUGUUGUGGGUACACAACGAAUCAUGAUAUUAGUCUGGCCGUAGGCAAAAAUUUUGAAGUCCUCACAAGUGUGAAAAAUAUAUUUUGGCCAGAACAAAUUUACCUUGAUCUCAUAGACUUGGCUAUUUUACAUCUUACAUCGCACAAUCCGAAUGUUCAUCGAAAAUAUGCUCAACUAUUGAUGAACCUUCCACUUGAUAUAGUUAUUCCAAAAUUAAAUCGAGCCUGCUUGGUGUCAGAGACAAAGAAAUCUCAGACCAUCAAUAGGUACACUGUGAAAUCCUUGGUAUUAUCACAGCGGUUACACAUGCGAGGUAACAGUAACGGCGAGAUGCAGGCACAACAUUUCCGUACUUUCAUGGCUUAUCUACUACAAGAAUAUCACCUUGAUGCCACAGCACUUUCUGAAGUAUUCACAUUGUGUUGGCCAUCUGUGCACGAGAACGAAGCAAUUGAAAAAAUUUACGAAAUGGCAUUAGCCAAUCGAAGUUUCUUACUAUUUUGGGGUGGUUUCGAAGCUGCCCAGCAUUGUGUUGGUAACAAGCUUCGCACUCCGCUUGGAAAACCUCAGGAAACAUUUACCACCAUUGAGGGGGCGUUGAAAACACUAGCCCGUGAAAUAUCUUGCCAUACAGAAGUAACAAGAAAAGAUGAGCGUGGGCUUGAGUACUCCCUGCACGAACAUAAUCGUGUCAGGUUACUGAUAGAGUUUCUUGAACACUUGGAACGAGUAAUCCAUAACGCAAGUGAGGGUUGUGCACUGGCAUUGCUACCACUUUCUAAACCAGUACGAACUUUCUUCCACACAAACAAAUCAACAUGUCGAGAGUGGUUAAAUCGCAUACGGUUGGCCUUAUGUGUUGUGUCUCUUCAUGCUGGCAUGGCUGCGAACGUGCUAAGGAAUGGACAAAGGCUAAUGGAGGAUAUUUCAAACUCUGAAAAUGCUCAGGGCACUGAGUUUGAGAGAGCAGUUCUGUGCACAACCAAGGCUAUGGUGAAGCUUGGUGAAGCUGAGGCGCUUCAGGGAUUGUACGUCUACACUAAGGAUAAGGAAAAGAAGUUCACUUGGUUGAAGGCUGCAACCGAUCAAGCUGCGAGUCGAUAUGAGGCUGCAAUUGAUGGCUAUAAAAAUAUAUUGGUGGAGCAGAGUUGCUGGUGGUCCAGCCAAUCUGACAAUGAAACCACCAAUACUGCACCAAAGAUUGACAGAGAUGUCCAAGUGGCUGCAUUUUGCUUUGAACAGCUAACAAAGUGCUAUCGAGCUGUGAGUGAUUGGAGUGAAUUGGAGGCUUGGAAGGUUCAGGAGAGCGAAGUUCUCAAGAAUCCAGCUAAUGCUGUUCUCGAUAAACAGAUAUUUGAGAAUGUCGUACCACAACAAGCAAGGAGCCUGCACAAAUUCGAAGAAAACGAAAAUAUCUUGAUUGAAGAGCUCUCAGAUUGGACGCUUCUGGACAAAGAGGCUAAAACAAAUUGGAGCUGUACCAAGACAAUCAUCGAAUGUACCAAUACGCUAACCAACAUUGCAAUAAGGAUUCAGAAUGAUGUAUUUGAGGAUCACCAUAAUGAAGAUAUAGAGAAUUGUCGCAAAGUUGCAGAAAAAACUGUGAGUGAAAGUCUCCGAAGUCUGCCUGCCGAAUAUCUGAGUGAUGCCUUAAUGGUCCAGUAUUCUGCAGCUGGUCUUACUGCUCUUAUUUCAGGGAAGAAUGUCAACGCCUUUGAAUUAUACCGGGCAGAUAAAAUAAAUUACCUUGAUUCAAAUAUCCUCACACAAGUUUUAUGGUGGUCAGACUACUUUGCGAGAGCAGGCCGCACUUGUUGCACGGAAUUGGCUAGUCUACGUUUGAACGUGGUUAGGAAUGCAAGAAAAGAGUGUAAUUUUAAUCUGGCUAAACGUGAAAUCGUGAAAUAUUUCAAGGGGGAUUACGAAUUUCUUGAUGUGAAUGGAAAGAUAAAUGUUACUUUUGAUGAUCUAACUACGAAUAUAUUAAAUGGUCCAAUACACGUGAAGUGGUCAAAAAACAAUGUCAGGGCGUUCAAAGAGGUAGCUAAAAUAUUAUUUUCAAUGGAAAGUGGCGAGAAUGCCAUAAGAAUAUGCAGUGGGACUGCCCUCGGAAUAUCACAAGCAAUAGUCAACGGGGAGCAGUGUGUUGGACUCCGGGAAAUGGGGACGAAACUCUUGUUGACUCUGGGUAAGUGGAUCCAGCAGGAUGAUACAAAGAUUAACAGUAAUACACAGCUUGAGGAAUUGUUGAAAUUCGAGGCAGUUCAUAAUGACGGUUUGAUGGAUAAUUUGUUUGGUGAAACUAAAGAUCUAAUACCCAUCUCUGACAUGAUCGUCGGCAAGCUAGCACAGCUUGGCGUCAACCAGUGCCCAGAUCUACCUAAGGCUUGGUGCAAAUUUGCCGCAUGGUGUUACAAAUGGGGGCGCAAAAUUGUCGACAACUCCAAUUCUGGCCAGUUGGUGGAUACAGAUCGAGCCAACAUACGCUCCCUCCUACCCCUUGGAACAACAGAUGUUGACGUGAAUAUGAUAUUUUCAAUACUUAGUCAAAACAAAACGAUCCCAGAGGAUGAGGGUGACAUCGAUACAAGCGAUGUGAACACGUCAGAGAUGAUUGAGAAUCAAUUGCGGAACGUUGCGGUACUUAGCAAUGUCAGCCUUGAACAUCUUGGAAAGUUGGUCGAGAUAUGGCGGCAAGCGCAGAGAAGAGUCUACUCUUACUAUGAACUUUCGGCUAACGCGUAUUUCAAAUACUUAGAAUUGGCAAGCUGCGAGCCUAAUGGAUGUGCCCUCAUCACUGCCACACUAAGAAUUCUUCGUCUUGUAGUCAAACAUGCUCUUGAACUUCAAGGUGUCCUGGAGUCAGGAUUAUCCAGCACACCUACCUGCCCAUGGAAAGAAAUCAUUCCCCAAUUGUUCUCACGGCUCAGUCAUCCAGAAGCGUACGUACGAACUCGAGUUGCCGAGUUACUGUGCCGAGUUGCUGAACAUUCCCCACAUCUUAUAACAUUUCCUGCAGUGGUAGGUGCAGUAUCAGGGGACAGGUAUGAAACAACGAUAGCGCCAACGGAUCCGCUCACAGCGGAAAUGGAAUCAGCAACGACUGCGAUGAACGCAGCAACUUCGUCACUAACAGAAUUAGACUUCAUUGAAGAUGAGCGCUAUGGCAGUAAUGAUGAAGGUCAAAACAUCUUGAACUCGUGCUUUAUGCCGAUGGUUGAUUGUCUGUCAAAAAAGAUUCCAGACACUAUUAAUCAGGUACAAGUAUUGGUUAAGGAACUGAGAAGGAUAACGCUCCUCUGGGAUGAGUUGUGGCUUGCAACACUGGUUCAGCACCAUGCAGAGAUAACAAGAAGGUUUGCCCAACUGGAAAUUGAGAUCCGUAAAGUAAGGGAAAACGCGUCGUUACCAACCGACGAGAAAGAACAGCUAAUCGCUGAAAAACACCGUAUCAUUCUCAAACCAAUUAUAUUCGUACUAGAAAAUUUGUUGGCGAUUACAUCUGUACCACCUGAAACCCCACACGAAAGAUAUUUUCAGAAUAAGUUUGGUGAGCACAUCGACGAAGUCAUGAAGAAGCUUAUGAAUCCAAAGAAUCCUGGUAAACCACAAGAUGCAGGUCUAUCAUUAAAACAAUUGCAAGCUAAGUUUACGCAAAAGGCCCACAAACGAGGUGCUUAUUCUUUGAAGAUGACAGAUAUAAGCCCAGUUUUGGCAAAUCUCAAGGAUACGGGUAUCCCAAUGCCUGGUGUAUUAUCAGUUGAUAACAAAGUAGUAACUAUCAAGUCAGUAGACAUUAAUGUGCAAAUACUACCAACGAAAACGAAGCCAAAAAAGCUUAUAUUUCAUGGGUCAGAUGGCCAUGUAUACACAUACCUUUUUAAGGGCCUAGAAGAUCUACAUCUUGACGAGCGCAUCAUGCAAUUUUUGGGUAUUGCAAACACAAUGAUGUCAAAGAAUAAUGACACCAAACGAAUAUACCGGGCUCGCCACUAUUCUGUUAUACCCUUAGGACCUAGGUCAGGACUCAUACAGUGGGUCGAUGGUGUGACACCGCUUUUUGCCCUUUACAAACGAUGGCAACAACGAGAUAGCGUGAUCUCUGGUAAAGGAGCUGCUGGUGCUGUGAUGAGACCCUCCGAGUUGUUUUAUAAUAAGUUAGCUCCGCUUCUAAAAGAAAGAGGUGUUGCUCUGGACAACAGGAAAGAGUGGCCACUGCCAGUAUUAAAACAAGUCCUAGCAGAGCUGAUGGCAGAAACUCCGAAAGAUUUGUUGGCUAAGGAAAUAUGGUGCAACAGCAUAAAUCCUGGCAGCUGGUGGCAGGCGACAAAAAAUUACUCAUACUCGGUUGCCGUGAUGUCAAUAAUCGGCUAUAUAAUUGGGCUGGGUGAUAGGCACUUGGACAAUGUGUUGGUAGACCUGAAUACCGGUGAAGUUGUUCACAUUGAUUACAACGUUUGCUUCGAGAAAGGAAAAACUCUUCGAGUGCCAGAAAAGGUUCCGUUCAGGAUGACUCCUAACAUCAAGACUGCGCUUGGAGUUACAGGGGUUGAGGGUAUAUUCAGGCUCGCGUGCGAACACACGCUUCGUGUAAUGCGACGUGGGCGUGAGACCCUGCUUACGCUCCUUGAAGCGUUCGUUUACGAUCCUCUGGUGGAUUGGAGAGCCGGUGCAGAGACAAGCAUCGCAAGUUACGGUGCAUGUCAAGCACGAGCUAGGUGCACUGGCAUAGGGAGAAAGCAGUUGGAAAAAGAGAUGACUACGGCGAUGUUUACUGUAAGAGCGGCCGAGAUGCGCGCAGAAUGGACUGCUAACAGGGAUGAGCUUGUGGCGGUGUUUCCACUGCUGCGACGGCAUCUUACUCACUGGAUCGAGACAACCGCGGCAUCACGAGAAUGCCAAGACCUACUACAGGACAGGCACCAAGAAUUAGCAUUGGUGAAGGAGGCUCAGGCCAUGGGACGCACCCACGCUCUCUAUUCGGUUGUCAAGAGAUACGCCGCAUUCAAGCGGGCAAGGGAUGCCCGCGACCGGGCGAAGUCUGGUUUGGUCGAGAAAAUCGAGGAGUGUGGAAAGCACAUUAACAUGCACAAUAUUGCUUUGAGUGCAGUUCGGGGUCCUCAACUUGGACAGUGGCUAGCGGAGGUUGGAGUCCCAACAACCCCUGAGGACCAUCUCGUCUUCGAUCUUGUGAAGGAAUUUCUACAGAACGCUGGCCAAAGUCAAAUGAUUAUUCACUGCGAACAAUCCGAAAAUGAACUGGCUCAGUUAGCUACCCAACAAUCGCUACUGAUACGGAACUGUCUUGACCUUCUCAGUCAAUAUUCAGCUAUAUGUAGCCUCUACCCCAUAAGUAUAAUGUCGCGUCACAGGUCUGUCGCCUAUCAUGCGUGGUCUAACACAUUGUUAUCUACCCGUUCAGUCGAGGUCUGCCACGAGGUAAUGUCACAGUUUGAAGCCAGCUUUGCCCCAAUAACAGCAAACAAUCCCCAAGUACAGCACAUUGUGACGUUUUCAUAUCAGUUACAAUCAGUUCUCAGUAAUGCAAACGAGAGGUUCAAAAAAGCAUGUGAACGAAUGGUGGUUGAAGAAUUACCUGGUGUAUUGGGUAUUGUAGAGAAAGCCUAUACUGAUUCAAAACUACAGGUUGGUGCGUUUCUGAGACGUGAAAAGGGGGCAGAUAAGGCUCUGGAGUGCGUAAAUAUAACAGCUCUGUGCGCAUUAAAUAAAAGAUAUCUUAUGAUGGAGGGCGCGGCUAAAUGCGCUGGCGACUGCCUGGUGGAUCUUACAUCCAGAGAGGGUGAUUGGUUUCUGGAUGAGAUGUGUUUGAUGUCCUCGCUUGUUGCCGAACUGGUAACACUCAUCCCUGAUUCCCACAAAUCCAAUAACGAUCCAAAAAUUCCGCUAAUACUCAAAUGUCUGCAGAGUGCUGAUUCCAUAUACCGAGGUUUACAGGAGUUGAACUAUAAUUUUCAUACCAUCAUUUUACCUGAGGCAAUGAAGACAGUUGUUACAGAGGAACCAACUGUUAUGGUAAUGGUCAGUGAAAUAGAGGAUGUUGUAUCUACCAGUCUUCCGACUGCAGAAAUACUCGCCCAGCUCGAGAUGCAUCUCAGGUUUACUGUUAUGGAAAUGGAGAGUCCACAUGCUGGUAUCCGUGACUUGGUUGCCAGUAUACGGCAAAGAUUUGAUACCCUACUUUCACGACCAGCAGAGCUCCGCGACCCAAAUCAAGAAGAGAGCUUGACUCCUGGUCAGAUGCUACUGAUGGGCUUCAAUGGUUUGUUUGAGAAAUUGCAGAUGGAGGGAAAUGCUUUGGUCGCUACCCUUAGUACACUGAAUAUUCCCACUAGCUGGAAAAAGAUCGAUCAAAUAAGAGAAGCAAAGGAAAUGGCCUCACCAAUAUUCAAUGAUGCGGCACGCCAAGUUAUCGAAGAUAUCUUUUUGAUAAAACGACUUCAGACUAUACGCGAGUUUUUCGCGAUGUGCCGUGACACUGGAGCCGCUUUCAAGGGUGGUCCCGCUAAUGUAUUUGAUGACGAAAGAUUGAACAAACCUGUUAGAACAUUUACAGCCGAUUACGUUUCGAGGCAGUUACUCGGUGUUACGACGCAAACCUUGGCUAUUGCUUUGUGUUAUUUGCUACAGCGCAUGGGACUCAACGUAACGACUGAAAUAGAACAGAGAGAUAUUGGCGCUGAGAGCAAGGUAUCACUUGAAGAACUCUGUCGUAAAAUUGUUGACUUAUCGUUGAAGAGAGGUCUUUUUACGGGCUCAGUCUUAGCGCAGGCCAGUGCUUCUAGUAGCUCCCUUGAGAGUUCUUGGAGGAAAAAGCAGAGUGUGAGAUUAGCAAGACAGGCAGUGGAUGUCGCACGAGCAUCAGUUCAAAGAAUCCAAUUGCAUUUGACUGCCCAUCAUUGGCUCCAUGAGGAUAGUAUCAUAGUCGGUUCAACAAUAAAUCCUAUGGGACCUCUAAAUCGUCCAACUUUCAUGCUAGAUAUGCGAAAAACCGCUGCAGCAUUGUCGAAUCUACAAUCCCGGGUAUGUGAGGCAAGGGAACAACAACAGAAUUUGGUAUCAAGUGCAGGACAGCGCCUUAAAUGGGCAGCAGGUGCAAAUCCGGCACUGGGUGAAGUAAUGGCUGCAUUUGACAAUGCAGUGGCAACGUCAUGGGAUAAACUUACCCGCCAGCAUAACUUAGCUGCAGUGGUUGUGAACACCUCUAACUCUAUACUUCACUAUGAAGCUCUCAGAACAAGAACGUCAGAGAGUGUUUCGAAUGAUUCCAAUUUUAUGACAUUGAUCAAGAAUUGGGAAAAGAGUUGCGUGUUAACAGCUAAUUUAACGACAGGUGUUACACCAAUGGAAGAGAGUUUAAUAGAAUUAUUGCACUUGGAUGGGAACGUCGAUGCUAGCUGGCUGAGGCAGGCAGAGAAGCUAAUUUCAGAAGUGAUUGUGGAAACUCAGAAAAAAUUGCAGGAAAAACAAGAAUUACUGUAUGCAGCACAUGAUUCACUCAGGGAACAGGUAUUACGUCUACAAAGUGUAAUUGGUCAACACCACAGGCUAAUGAUGGAUGUGAGAGGCUUGUUGAAGACAAUGGCAAAACAAGAGAAUAUUCCCGGACUGCGCGACUAUCUUAUGAGUUAUCGUUCAUUUACUGAAAGAAUUUCAUCAGCAGUUAAAGAUCUUGAAUCUGAUGGACUCGACCCACUGAAUGCUUUUUCCAUACGAGAAGAAUUAGAGCAAUUGGAGGUGCAAACACCGUCUCUUUAUGACGAACUUCUCAACUUUGCGAACUCAACCAAACUGACUGACAAGGAAGUACCGUUUAACAAGAAGGCAAAACUGGUGAGACAGGACAGUGUAUGCUUCAGUCCCAGAAAAGGAGUUCCGUUGGCUAGAGAUCCUACAACUGGCAAAGCUGUGCAAGAGAGAAACGCAUAUGCCCUGAACGUGUGGCGCAGAGUUCGCAUGAAACUUGAGGGGCGUGACGCAAACCCGUCACGACGGUACACACCGGCCGAGCAGGUAGAGUAUGUGAUUCGGGAGGCCCAAAGCUCGGAGAACCUGGCUCUACUGUACGAGGGCUGGACACCGUGGGUCUGAGGCGUAUAGGAGCCGGCGCGUAUGCGCCGCUGGUUCUACUCUCGACUCGCGUGGUACAUCAAGAUGUACCCCCCCACCCAAAAUCAAACGGUCACCUCCUGAUCUGGUGGCCAUGGCUAACUGGCAACUUCUCUUACAACCAUGGGAGUACCAUCGUCCAUCGUGAAAUACGGUACCAGAUUGAACCGUGCUUCCGAAAUCGAAAUAUCUCGCAAGCUAAUUAAACACAUCCAUGAGUACGGAUUCUAUAGUUAUCUCAAAAUAACAUGCACAUUACCGCAAUUCACAAGAUACCAAUUGUCUUGAUUUAGCCAUUCUCCGUUUAUAAUGUAUUUUGUUUCUUUCCUAAAUCGAAGGCAGAGUGCUAGUUGAGAAAGCAUCAGGAUCAUUCAUAUGUAGGUUGCAGUAUAUCAUUCCGAAACGGUUCAGAUUUAAAAGCAGCGUGCUUAUUAUUGGCAUAAAUUUUACUGAUAUGAACAAUAUAAUAUGACACAGGCCUUUAUUUUAUUUUAUGCUGUAAUGUGAUACCUGUAUAUGAAGUAAAAGUAAUACUAUUUUGACCAUCUAUAUUGUCAAUUUCGAUUCGUCAGCCUUGCUAACAGUUAGGCUCGAAUUUAAAAAUAUAUAACUUUAUAAACAUUUUGGUGUAUAGCAGUCACAGCCGAUUAAGUUGCCACAUGGCUUUAAUCAAUUACGCGCCAUUCUAUUGUGUGCAUGUCAACGAAGAAUCCUAAUUUUUGAGAUAGCAGUAGAAUCCGUAAGGUGUUUACAUUAGUAAAGUAGUUAUGGGGCGUAUGGAUAGGAACCACUCGAGCAGAAUGCUGAAAUGAUUCCACGACAGCCAGCAUUGAAUAUUAUGGGUCUAUCUUAUAUUCGUCGCGGACAUCGCGUAUUUUAUUACCAAAGUACGAAUUCAGUGUAUUUUGUACUUUGUUUCUGAUAUGCGGGUACCUUGGUUGCUGGGUUUGCGCGGUAAAGAACUGUACUAUAUUUCACAUUUUCGUGAGACCGAGUGAAGGAUCGUGUAGUUCAUACAUGAAACAAUAUCACAUAUAGCAAUCAUUAAUGUGGUCUACUCUCCGUUGAAUAUGAAAAUAAUGAAAUGAUUUCAAAACUGACACAGUUAUCAUAGCAAAAUUGCAUUCUUAGCGAUUGAAUCGGCAACCAAGGUUCACAUAUCCACUUUCGGAGAUCAGAGUCCGUCUCGCAAAUGUAAAGGCGUCUGACAUCUGUGUACCUGCAGGUACUCCAAGAAAUAAUACAAUAACUUGGAAAAAUCUUGUGUCUAAUUUAUAUUCAUCAAGUCUUUACACCUGUACUGGAAUUAUAUUAAAAUUAUAAUCUAUUUCUCAACAUUUAAA